AUGGACCUCUACGUGAACACCGUACGGGGCACGUGCAAGGUACCCAGCGUCGACCCGUCCACCACCGUGGAGCAGCUGAAGGCGCUCCUGCACCACAGCCUGGACGCCCGGUGGGGGGUGCCUGAUCCUGAGCACCAGAACCUGGUGUACAAAGGCCGAAAACUGCGCGACCAAGGGGGCUCCCUGAGCAGUUCGGGGAUCAGCAACGGAGAGUCGCUGGCCGUUGUGCGCGUCAAUGACAUCCAGAGACCGGAUUCGCCUGAAGACGAGCCGACUCCCGACAUGGCUGCCAUUAACACAGCAAUCAGCGAGUACGCCAAGGCUCAUGGCUUGCAAGAGAAACUCAACGCACCAGAGGAGCCACAGCCUGGGAGGCGGAGGGUUGUCAGAGCAUCGGCUGGGACGCUUGGACAGUUGCAGUCCCUGAUAGAUGCUUUGGAGGGGAGACUCGACGCCCUUGAAACGGCUGCAGUUGGCCAGGCCAGGCAGGAGGAGGUGGCAGAGGUGCAAAUCCCAGAGCCUAAUGCUGAGCACAUGAAUACCUUGAGGGACAUGGGCUUUUCUGAGGUGUUGGCUUCGAAUGCCCUCCUUUUGUGCAGAAACAACCUCGAGCCAGCCUUGAACUGGAUUCUCCAGCGCGGCAAUGACCCAGCGGCCGCUGUGCCCAUCCCACAAGAACAACUUCGCAGGCUCUAUGCCACACGCCCCAGGGCUGUCCAGUCAAGGCAGGUGGAUGCUUCCCUCGUUGCGCAACUGCAGGAGAUGGGAUUUGCAGAAGAGCAGGCCGCUCGUGCACUGCGCACGUUCAACAACAACAUCGAAGUCUCUGUUGCUUGGCUUGUGCGCAUCACCAGCAGUCAGCAGGUUGGGGCCUCCCAGCCAGCUGGAAGUUCACAAGAACAAGGUGAGCUCCAAGAAGCGGGUGAGCGCCAAGAGGAAAGGCAGCAGGGCGACAGAAUUUAUUCAGAGCCUAGCAACGCUCAAGAUGCUGAGCAGUACAUGGCUGUAGAACAGUUGCCAACCCCACCAGGCAGAGUAGAGGACAUGGAGCAAGCAACGCAGGAAGAGUAUGUCGGAGAGACAUCGCUGUCAACGUCAGAAGGGUUCCCUGAUGUUGAUGCACCCGCCGUCUCGCCAUCUGGAGAAGAUGCGCCGAUCGGUCUGGAUAUCGCUGCGCCCAUGGACACACCUUCAUUGGGUGCAUCCUUACCCACCUUGGAGAUGCCCUACGUCCCCAUGGACGAAGAGGAGCCAGACCACCACGAAGAGGCUGUCGCCCUGCAACCCAGCAUAGGCGAGCUCCAUGGACUGGACUUGGACGAUUUGGAGCGCAUCCUCGGCGCUGACCCCAAUGUGGAGAUGCACCCCGCGCUGCAGCAGGUCCUGACGCUGGAAGGCGUCAGCAGCCCCGACGCUCUGGACGGGGCCUCCAUUCCUGGACACUCGCUGGAGGUUGCGUCGUCUCUCGACGAGAUGCUCAACCAUGCGGAGGGCGUGGGGCGCGUGAGGGGCACGAUAAGGGCAUUGGAUGCGCAGCGCGAGCGAACGCGACGGGAAACGGACGAGGAGGCUGGCGGGGGGCCAGGGCCCAGUGGCGAGAGCCCUGAGGGCCGUUCGUGA